GGCGUCCCUGGAAGCGGGGGGAGCGGGUGGGUGUCGGGUGGCGUUGGGGGAGCUGCGCCUCGCCCAGAGCCUCGCCCGGAGCCUUCCGGGGUGGGGGAUAGUUGAGGACCUCAUCGAGGGAGGGGUUGGGCGGCGGGGAAGGGAGCGUGGCGGGGGUGCAGAGGCACGCUCUCAAGCCAACCAGCUUGAUGCGCUCGAGUGUGGGCGGGGACUGAGGGAAGAAGAGAAAAACUGACUGCCAGGCGACGGUUCCUCCGUUUGAAAUCUCGCCGGCUCCUGAGCGGGCCACCGGGCCCGGGCUGGGGGUCUGGCGGGUGUUUGAGCCCAGAUGAGUCAUGGCUGGACGACCCCUCCGCAUAGGAGAUCAGCUGGUUCUGGAAGAAGAUUAUGAUGAGACCUACAUUCCUAGUGAGCAAGAAAUUCUUGAAUUUGCCCGGGAGAUUGGUAUUGAUCCCAUCAAGGAACCAGAACUGAUGUGGCUGGCGCGGGAGGGCAUUGUGGCCCCACUGCCUGGGGAGUGGAAACCAUGCCAGGACAUCACAGGUGACAUUUACUAUUUCAACUUUGCCAACGGGCAGUCUAUGUGGGACCAUCCAUGUGACGAACACUAUCGGAACUUGGUGAUCCAAGAGCGGGCAAAGCUGUCAACUUCUGGGACCGUUAAGAAGAAGAAAAAAAAAAAGGAAAAGAAAGACAAGAAGGACAAAGAGACCCCCAAAAGUUCCCUGGCCCUGGGUUCCUCAUUAGCCCCAGUUCAUGUUCCUCUUGGGGGCCUGGCUCCUUUACGAGGCCUUGUGGAUACCCCACCCUCUGCCCUUCGUGGAUCUCAAAGCGUGAGCCUGGGGAGCUCAGUGGAGUCUGGACGUCAGCUUGGAGAACUCAUGCUGCCUUUGCAGGGUCUCAAGACCUCUGCUUAUACAAAGGGUCUCCUGGGCUCCAUACAUGAGGACAAGACUGCUCUCAGCCUCUUGGCUUUAGGAGAAGAAACUAAUGAGGAGGAUGAGGAGGAAAGUGACAACCAGAGUGUCCACAGCUCAAGUGAGCCUCUUAAGAACCUACACCUGGACAUUGGGGCACUGGGGGUUGACUUUGAGUAUGAGGAGUCUCUAAGAACAAGCCAGCCAGAGGAGAAGGAUGUUUCUCUGGAUUCAGCUGCUGCCAGUCCCCCUACUCCCUGCAAGCCGUCCAGCCCAGGUGCAGACAGCAGUCUGAGCAGUGCUGAUGGCAAAGGGCGACAGGGAAGUGGGGCAAGACCUGGGCUCCCAGAAAAAGAGGAAAAUGAGAAGAGUGAACCUAAGAUUUCCAGGAAUCUGGUGACCUCCAAGGCAGACCCUAGGGGCAAUGACCAUGCCGAAGCCUCUGAAAAGGAGGCACCAGAGGACACAGUAGAUGCAGGAGAGGAGGGUUCCAGGAGGGAAGAGGCAGCCAAGGAGCCAAAGAAGAAGGCUUCUGCUCUAGAAGAGGGCAGUUCAGACGCCAGCCAAGAACUGGAAAUUAGUGAACACAUGAAGGAACUUCAGCUCUCAGACUCCAUAACUUCUGACCCCAAGUCCUUCCAUGGCCUGGACUUCGGUUUUCACAGCCGGAUCUCGGAGCACCUGCUGGAUAUUGAUGUGCUUUCCCCGGCCCUGGAUGGAACUCGUUGGCAGGCCCAGCAACCACUGGGAAUAGAAGACAAGGAUGACAGCCAGUCCAGCCAAGAUGAGCUGCAGAGCAAGCAGUCCAAAGGCUUGGAGAGGUUAUCUCCUCCACUUCCACAUGAGGAGCGGGCCCAGAGUCCCCCUCGAAGCCUGGCCACCGAAGAAGAGCCCCCGCAGGGCCCCGAGAGGCAGCCCGAGUGGAAGGAGGCAGAGAAGCCUGGGGAGGACUCUGCAGCCAGCCUCAGCCCGCAGCUCUCCCUCCAGAGGGAGCAGGCCCCAAGCCCACCUGCUGCCCACGAGAAGGGCACGGAGCAGCAUUCCCAGGCCGAGGAGCUGGGCCCUGGGCAGGAAGAGGCAGAGGAGAAUGAGGAGAAGGUGGCGGUCAGCCCCACCCCGCCAGUCUCUCCAGAGGUGCGAUUCACAGAGCCUGUGGCUCCCCCAAAGCAGCUCUCAGAGGCUGCACUAAAGGCCAUGGAAGAGGCAGUGGCCCAAGUACUCGAGCAAGACCAGAGGCACCUGCUGGAAUCGAAGCAAGAGAAGAUGCAGCAACUGCGGGAGAAGCUGUGCCAAGAGGAGGAAGAGGAGAUUCUCCGGCUUCACCAGCAGAAAGAGCAAUCUCUCAGUUCCUUGAGGGAGCGACUGCAGAAAGCCAGUGAGGAGGAGGAGGCCCGGAUGAGAGAGAAGGAAAGCCAGAGGCUAUCCUGGCUCCGAGCCCAGAUCCAGUCCAGCACACAAGCAGAUGAGGACCAAAUCAGGGCUGAGCAAGAGGCUUCCCUGCAGAAACUGAGAGAAGAGUUGGAGUCUCAACAGAAGGCUGAGAGGGCCAGCUUGGAACAGAAAAAUAGGCAAACGCUGGAGCAGCUCAAGGAAGAGAUGGAGGCUUCGGAGAAGAGCGAACAGGCUGCCCUGAACGCUGCUAAGGAGAAGGCUCUGCAGCAGCUGAGGGAGCAGCUGGAAGGGGAGAAGAAAGAAGCGGUGGCAAGGCUGGAGAAGGAGCACGGUGCUGAGCUAGAGCGGCUCUGCUCCUCUUUGGAGGCCAAGCACCAGGAGGUGGUCUCCAGCCUCCAGAAGAAGAUAGAGGAAGCUCAACAGAAAGAGGAGGCCCAGCUGCAGAAGUGCCUUGGGCAGGUGGAGCACAGAGUUCACCAGAAGGCUUAUCACAUGGCUGAGUAUGAGCAAGAGCUCAGCAGUCUCCUGCGAGAGAAGCGCCAGGAAGUGGAAGGAGAGCAUGAGAGGAGGUUGGACAAGAUGAAGGAGGAGCACCAGCAAGUGAUGGCUAAGGCCAGAGAGCAGUAUGAAGCUGAGGAGAGGAAGCAGCGGGCUGAACUUCUGGGGCACCUGACCGGAGAGCUGGAGCGCCUACAGAGGGCCCAUGAGCGAGAAUUGGAGACUGUGAGGCAGGAGCAACACAAGCGUCUUGAGGACUUGCGGCGCCGGCACAGGGAGCAGGAAAGGAAGCUCCAAGAUUUAGAGUUGGACCUUGAAACCAGAGCUAAAGAUGUCAAGGCCAGAUUGGCUCUGCUGGAGGUCCAGGAGGAGACUGCCCGGAGGGAGAAGCAGCAGCUGCUUGAUGUGCAGAGGCAGGUUGCUCUGAAGAGUGAGGAAGCCACAGCCACCCAUCAGCAGCUGGAGGAGGCACAGAAGGAGCACACCCACCUGUUGCAGUCAAACCAACAGCUCCGGAAAAUUCUUGAUGAGCUGCAGGCCCGCAAGCUGAAGCUGGAGUCCGAAGUGGAUCUGCUACAGGCCCAGAGCCAGCAACUGCAGAAACACAUCAGCAGCCUGGAGGCUGAAGCUCAAAAGAAGCAGCACCUGUUGAGAGAAGUGACAGUUGAGAAAAAUAAUGUUUCCCCACAUUUUGAGCCGGAUCUCCACAUUGAGGACCUGAGGAAAUCCCUUGGGACAAACCAGACCAAAGAGGUGUCUUCUUCUCUCUCCCAGAGCAAGGAGGACUUAUACUUGAACAGUGGAGAAACAGAUUGCUGGAAGUGUCUGGUCAUCUAUCUGGAGGCCCCGGGCACGAUCCCUCUCAGAGAGACCAGGCACCUGGAUGAGAUGAAGUCGGCCAUGCGGAAAGGCCACAGCCUCCUGAAGAAGAAAGAGGAGAAACUGAAUCAGCUGGAGUCCUCUCUUUGGGAAGAGGCCUCAGAUGAGGGCACUCUGGGAGGAUCCCCCACCAAGAAGGCGGUAACCUUCGACCUCAGUGACAUGGACAGCCUAAGCAGUGAAAGUUCCGAAUCUUGUUCCCUGCCUCACUGUGAGUGGUGGUGGCAGCAGAGGAUUGACUCAACCCCAGGUCUUACCUCCCGCAAGAUCCAUGGGCUGAGCCACUCCCUCCGGCAAAUCAGCAGCCAGCUGAGCAGUGUCCUUAGCAUCCUGGACAGCCUCAACCCUCAGUCGCCGCCACCGCUCCUCGCCUCCACGCCAGCCCAGCUCCCUCCCCGGGCCUCCAAAAGCACCCCCACCCCCACCUACUACGGCUCCCUGGCCAGGUUCUCAGCCUUAUCAUCUGCUACACCCACGUCCACCCAGUGGGCCUGGGAUUCAGGGCAGGGGCCCAGGCUCCCCUCCUCUGUGGCUCAAACAGUGGACGACUUCCUGUUGGAGAAGUGGCGCAAGUAUUUUCCAUCUGGCAUCCCGCUGCUCAGCAACAGCCCCGCCCCGCUGGAGAGCAGGCUGGGAUACGUGUCUGCCAGUGAGCAGCUCCGGCUCCUACAGCACUCCCAUUCCCAAGUCCCUGAGGUGGGCAGCACCACCUUUCAGGGCAUAAUUGAAGCCAACAGGAGGUGGCUGGAACGUGUCAAGAAUGACCCCAAGUUACCUCUCUUCUCUUCAACACCCAAGCCAACAGCCACUUUGAGCCUCCUGCAGCUGGGCCUCGAUGAGCACAACAGAGUGAAGGUGUAUCGCUUCUGAGGCCCUGAGCAGGGGCUUGGGGCAGCUCAGCCUCUCCUCCACCCAGACCAAGUGCCUGAGGAGCUGCCUGCCUUCUUCCAUCUGAGGAAGCACCCUUCUGCCCCCUUUGACUUGCAGGAGCCACCAGGGACCAGGGGGUUGAGUGGAACAGUAAAGCCACACAUUCUGUGACUAUAUAACCUAUCUCGGGCUAAAAUGUGCGGACUUGUAACGAGCUCCUGUCAUUGACAUGGCAAGCUGAUGGUGUGGCUGUGGGGCAUCAGGGACGGGAGCCCUUUGGGAGGAAGGGAGGUGUUAGAGGAGCUGCCUUCGGAGGCUCAGGGAGUCCCUUUGGAGCUGGUUGUUUCCUUGGCCCUGCAGCGCACUGCUCGGGGCUCCCAAGAAGGUUGUGCAUAUGGUUCUUAGUUCAUCGGGACAGAGACCCCCAGCAUGUGUGUACCCUGGGACCUGGUUUCUCUGGGACCACAUCUAUCUCCAAUACCUCAGCCUCAGAUCAGACCCUUUCUUUUUUGUAUUUCUUUUCUUUCUUAAUUUUUAAAUGCCUUUUUUCUUGAGCAUUCUGUUUCUCUUUUUGACUGUCCAGAGCCCUGCCAGAGGGUGCUGGGGGCUGUCCCUCUGCAGGACUGUGUUUUCCUCGGGGGCUGUCUUCAGGAGCACCCCUCCUGCUCCCUGGGGCUCCUCAGGGAGCCAUUUCAGCUGGAGUCUCAGGUCUCAACACAACUUCUCUGGGAGGCCAAAAAUAGAUUGGGAUGGCUUCUGGUCCUCAUGACGGUUUUUUUCCUCCUAGGACACGUUGGAUAUAUUCAUGGGCAUUGUUUCCAUCUGUCUUUUCUACCUGUGCCACCCCUGCCCUGAUUCCAAGGCUGCCUCAGGCAGGCAGGUAGGCAGGCAGGCAAGGGGCUAGGCUGGUGCCCAGCCCUGGCAGCAAGGGGUCUUGUGCAGUUGGAGAUGCUGCCGUUUUGGCAGGGCGUCCUGCAGCCCCGCUUCCAUCAGCUGGCUCUUGGGUGGGGGCUUUGCAGGGGAUGCUCUCUGAUGUUUGUUCCGUUGUUUAAAUAAAAUGCACCUAUUUUUGUUUUUUUGCAA